AGAUGGCAUACACGAGUUAACUCAACUCAUCAUUUAUUAUUAAUUCAACUUCUUUCGUUCAUCGACUAAUAGCUGCACAGUAGUAAGAUACUUUACUUGUCCAUAAGAGUAAUCAUGUGAAUGUACGAUUAAAAGAAAGAAAAUGGAAACAAUGGAGAAGAAUCAAGUAAACAAAUAAUAAAAGCACAGUCAAUAAAAGUUGAAAAAUUAAUGAACAAAAGAAAUGUUAAUGAGCACUUGUUCAUGACUUAUUGAUGAAUUGAAAAAUGAAAACAUUGCUAAAACCUAGAAUAAAUUGCGAUGAAGCAUCAGAUUAAAUCAAUAUUGAUCAACAAAAAUCAAUAAACAUCGAAAAAGAAAUAAACUUACUGUUUUGAAUACAAAAAAUGAUAUGAUGGAAUAAUGCUUUCGUAAGCGAUUCGGCUUCAUCCUUCUGUCACCAAUGACAUCUGAUGUAUUUAGAGAAAUAGAUAUCAAACAAAUUGUGCUGGUAUAAAAUAUCGUGGGAAAUCAAUGAAUAGAUUCAGUCAUCAUUAGACAACGGCACGUGGUAUUGUGUCAUUGGUUUUAAUCAAAUCAACUGAAUAGUCAGUACUUGUGCGACACUUUCUUCAAAAAAAAAAUGAAGCAACCGCUCAUCAUCUUCUUCCUUAUCCUGUCACACCAUUACGCCCUUGGCAAGCGUUUCAAUCUGACCAGACUGCUCAAACAACAACUUGGAGAUCAGUAUCACGUGGCUUCUUCACAUCAUCAAGAUUACCCAGCAGUUGCUAACGGUUUCUUAUACAUGCCUGAAAUCAACUUCAAUGAAGAUGAUAUUGAUGACAACAUAUUAGAGAUAGAAGAGUUUAAAAAACAAUUGAAUAAUAAAGAUCACGAGUUCUUUGAAAGACAUUAUAGAAAUCUUAAAUCAGAGUAUCAGAAUCUCUGUGAAAUUAAAAUCCGAAAAGUUCAAUUAAAUGAUGAAGAAUUUGAAUAUCAACCACCACAUUACCACGAGAUUUAUUGCAAGAAUUAUGCAUCAGAUCAAGUACACAACAAUUUAGUUAGACCCAAUAAACAACAGUGUGCUCAUCCUGGAUUUCAUUGUGUUCAAAGAAGUAAAAUUAUUUUCAUGGUCAGAAGACGAUGGACUGAUGAAUGCUGGGAGCCGUUCACUAAACAAAUUGCUAGCGGGUGUGAUUGUAUGUGGCCUGUUUCUAUUCUUGGAGAUAUAUCUGCACACUAUUAAAAACAAAAAUAAUUACUUCAAAGAAAAAAAUAGAUAAUUCAACCAAAAAAUACGUUAUAUCAAACGACAUGACCUGCAAUCAGUAUUAUUUUGAGAACUAUUUUCAUUAUUUGAAAUUGUGACUUACUCUUAUUAAAAUAGUAAUCUUCU